UUCAACCAAACUCCGGCAGCAAUAUAGAGAGAGAGCGCGCUGAUGGGGAGUGGGUACCAAUCGUUUCUAAGAAACAGCUAUUGGAUUCUUAGGCACGGCAAAAGCAUUCCAAAUCAAACCGGUGUCAUUGUUUCGUCUCUGGAAAAUGGAGUUCUCGAAGACUAUCAACUGGCUUCCGAUGGAGUUGAUCAGGCUCGUGCAGCUGGAGAAUUAUUCCUCAAGGAACUGAGAGAAAACAAUAUCGGCCUGGAAAAUGUCCGCAUCUGCUAUUCACCAUUCUCUAGGACUACUCACACAGCAAAAGUGGUUGCUUCUGUUUUAGAUAUUCCACUUGAACCACCACAGUGCAAGGUAGUACAUGAUUUACGAGAACGCUUCUUUGGUUCUUCAUUCGAGCUGAAGUCUCAUGAUAAAUACUCAGAAAUUUGGGACUUGGACGCCAAAGAUCCCUUUUUGCAGCCGGAAGGUGGAGAAAGUGUUGCAGAUGUUGUCACCAGGCUCACGAGCGCAUUGACACUGAUUGAGUCAGAGUUCGAAGGGUGCACAGUGCUAAUAGUCAGUCACGGUGAUCCACUGCAGAUUUUGCAGACGGUUAUGAAUGCAGCUAAGGAAGAUGGAAGGAGCGAGGGAAAUGACUUAGUCUCAAGAAUAGAGGCUGUGCGACUCUCCUCUGUUCUCUCACAGCACCGGCAGUUUGCUCUUGACACCGCAGAACUCCGUAGAUUAGCAUAGAUGAUGACUUCCAUCUUCCAUUAUUGAUCUUCAAACACUCCAUUUAAGAGGAAUUGGAUUGGAACUCAUUAGCAUGUCAAUUUGAGAACUACUCAUGUUUAAGUUAAUAAAGCAAUUUGCUAUGAGUUGUAUACAUUAUCAGUUAUUGAAAUGAAACAUGAAACUUUUUCCCGA